UGAUGACGAUGGCAGAUUAGACCCUUGUCACACCCUCCCUUGCAACAGCCCCUUAAGAGGCCUGACCCAACCUUCAGCAGAACAGCACCAGUGGGCCUAGAAUGGACAUCCUGGCCUGCAAAGGGAAAGAGGCAGCUGAGUCAGUGGCAGGCCCAAGUAUUUGUAUUUAAUGUGUUCUCGAUUAUCUGGGCAGGAGGGAGAUGAGGCAGGCAGAGGUGAGAAGGCCAGGUAGGGGAUGAAGCAGGCAGGAAGGGAAAGGGCAGCAGGGGUAGAGGUGCAAGUCUUGUCCCUUCUUCUCCUCUAGGCCCUCUGUACUCCCCACCACCCCCACUAUCUAACUUAAUACUUGACUUCCUUUCCAUCUCCCUUCAGGCCUGCUCCCUUGCCUGGUUCACCCCAGAACCAUCAGUGGAAAGAGCAGUAACUGCGGGACAGGAGUUAGGCAGAGGGGCUAAGGUGCUUGUUUCCCAAAAUUAGGGAUGAGGGGUAGGGGGUUGGUAGGUGAGAACGAAAUAAGUCAGUUUCCCAGAAUCCUCUGCAUGUUACCCAGGAUUCUCCAGGGAAAAAUAAGAAUAUACAGUUACCCACAAUUGGGGCGGGGGUGGGGGGACAUGAUGAAAAUGCCUAGUUACCCACAAUUCUCUAGGGGAACCAGAGAAAUCAAUUACCCAGAAUUCUUCCCAGGCAGCGGGGAGGGGAGGGAUUAGGGCAGGGGUCAGAUGUGUUCUUGGGAUGCUUAUGGGGAUUGGGUCAUUACCAAGAUUUCUCCAUGGCGGAUAUUUUGGAGCGCGUGGAAUUAAAACGAGUAGGGGGAGAGAAAGCGCCGUCACCUCCGCGGGAAAUUCCAGUUUCCCCAAUUCUCCCCCGCGCCUGACGGUCAACCAAACCCUAAGGCGGAAAGGACGUCGCUCUCCCAGUCAGAGCUUCCAAUCAGGAAGGGCGUGGGGCUCACCUAAGCCAAUCAGAAGGAUCCAGGUACAGACAGCUCCGCGAGAAGACGCGCGACGUAAGGGCUGGGCAAAGACAAGGUUACGGGCCCCCGGUGGGGACAAACGGUGUCAGACCCUAGCGGUAUUUGGUGUCGUGAAACGUAGCCUUUUCUCGUUUAAGCUUUCUUUGAGCAGAACUAGAGAACUCGCUUGGAAAUCGACCUUUCAUACUCCCUAGAACUUUAGAAACUCUAGAAUUAGGAACGCCCAAGGUAAAGUACUGGGAAUCGUCUGCUGGGUAUUCCCAGCAUGGUCCAGUCCACCCCCUCUGUCCGCGGUGCUCUUGUGAGCUACUCCGCCACCUUUCACCCUGUUGCCCCCGAAACUCGCCGGCAUUUCCUAUCAUUUUCAGGCAUGGAAGAGAAAAAAGGAAGCGGGAGCCAGGCUCUUAAGACGGCCCAGCUAGCCGUGGCUUUUACGAUUCUGCCUCCCAGAAUGGGGCCACAUUUGGGAAGAAGACAGGAGAUAUUAAACACAAGUGAGGACUUACCAAGAGAAGAGGAAGAUGAUGAGACUACACAGGAGGUCCCCCGCAUCCAGUGUGAGGAUGGCUGUGAUCCCCAAGGACUCGAAGACAACAGUCAGUUCUGCUUACAAAGGAUCCACCAGGGCCUGGUUUUUUAUGAGAAGCUGCUGGGCUCAGACAUUUUCACAGGGGAGCCUUCUCCACUCCCCGACGGCCCCAUGGGCCAGCUUCACGCCUCCCUCCUGGGCCUGAGGCAACUCUUGCAGCCUGAGGGUCACCACUGGGAGACUGAGCAAACUCCAAGCCCCAGUCCCAGCCAGCCAUGGCAGCGCCUCCUUCUCCGCUUCAAGAUCCUUCGCAGCCUCCAGGCCUUUGUGGCUGUAGCUGCCCGGGUCUUUGCCCAUGGAGCAGCAACCCUGAGCCCCUAAGGCCAACGGCUUAAGGAUGGCACCCAGAUCUCCAUGGCUCAGGAGGGCUGAAAUCAAUCAGCUCAGGCACCUGGGAGCCGACAAGUUAAUUAGUCCAUUAAUUCUAAUGAGACUUGCGUAUGUUGAAAAUUACCAAUACUAACUUAUGCUGCUGAUCUAGGACCAAGUUGAGUAUUUAUUAAAAAGGAAGGGAAAACUUGAGAUUAUUUAUCCUCAGGGCAGCAGUUUGGGGAGGAUUAUUUAUUAUAUUUAUUCUGAAUUAUGUACUUUUUUCAAUAAAGACUUAUUUAUGUGGA